UCAAGGGGGGGCCGUUUUUGCGGACGGCGGCGGGGGCCUCUCGCGCUCGGGGGCCGGAGCGGGGCUUUUGCUCCUGGCUGCCCCUCCGCUGGCCGUCCUCCGCGCCGCGGGGCCUUGAGGCGAAUUCGCUCCUUGGGGGCGGCGGCGGCGGCGAUGGUCACUAAGUCCGCGGUCAUCGGCAUCGACCUGGGCGCCUCCGAGUCCUAUGUUGCCUACGUGGGGAAAGGCAUUGUGGACGUCGUACAGAACGAGGUGUCCAAGCGCGCCACUCCGACGCUGGCUAGCUUCAACGACCGCGAGCGCAUGUUAGGCGACCAGGCCCUGGCCCAGAUUCGCUCCAACGCCAAGAACACGUGUAGGAACUUCAAGCACCUGUUGGGCAGGAAGCUGGACUCGCCCGACCUGGAGAAGGAGCACUUCUGGUCCCUGUCAAAGCUGGCGGAGACAGACGACGGGUUUGCUGGCUACGAUGUCAACUACAAAGGCGGCAGUUCUUGAUCGAUAGUGG